AUGGCUGAACGAAAACGUCCAUCGGAGACUGAUAUAUCUCCAAAAGAUAAUUCUAAAAAAGUUAAACUUAUACAAACAACGUUAACGCCUAAUUUAUCAACGCGUCCUUUGUGUAAAUAUGGUGCUAAAUGUUACCGAAAACAUCCGGAUCAUUUAAAAGCUUUUCGUCAUCCAUCAACAGAAAAAAAAGAAGAAGAACAAGACAUUGAUGAUGAUGAUUCAACAUCUAAACCAACUGAUUCUUCUCCUGUACCAUCACCACUUGAAAUAACAACAGCGACGACGACGACGACGAUUAAAAGUCCAUCAUCAUCGUCGUCAAAGAAACAAACAGCAACAUCAAUUAAUGCUACAAUUAGUUUAAUGGAGUUAAUGGAAUUAAGCGGUGAAAACUUACUUUCAAGUGUUUAUGCAAUGGAAUUUCCAACUGAUCUAUACGAAUUUUGGAAGUUUUGUUCAAAUUUAAAGAAGAAUAAUCCACGAGAUGUACUGAAAGAUUUACUUAAUUUGGAAUUGGUCGGUCCGUUUGAAAUCCUUGAUGAUGCUUUAAAAACCUGCAAAACAUUACCAAACAUGCAUUUACAUUAUCGAUAUUAUUAUGAUACACCUGAAUUUAUGACUCUUAUUCGAACACUCGAUAAAUCAAGUCAAUUUCAUAUUGGUUAUUAUAGAGAUUCGCCAGAUGAACUGCCAUCAUUUGUUGCUUCAAAUAAUGCUAGUGAAAAUAAUCGUUCUAAACUUUGUGGAGACAAUAUAUUUGCUGCAGUUUAUUUAUAUGCUCGUGCAAUUCUCAAAUCAAAUAAUAAAGCUGACUUGAAAACUUUUAUAAGUGACCUUGAAAAUUAUGCCAAGAAACAUAAAUUUUCUCUCGAUGAAACAACACCAAAAAUAAAUGCUCGAAAGAAAAAAACCAAUUGCACAUUACUGAAUACCUUGGGAAUGGUAGUUCCAUGUGAAAAUGAUAUUGGUUAUCGUCCUGUUCCAUUUACUAAAGAUCAAUUUAAAAGAGUUUGUGAUAAAUUCUGUAAUAGUACAUCGGAAGAAAUAUGCCAAGCAGCUGAAGAUGAAUUACAAAAUGUUAUAACAUGCAUUCAAUUUGCAAACGACGAAUGUGAUUAUGGUGAAGGUUUAGAAUUCGGUUUAAAUUUAUUUUUAUAUGGUUCAUCAAAACUUCAUUCGCGUGUUAUGAGUCUUUUACCUCUUGGCUACAAAUUACUUCAACGAAAUCUUUAUGCACAAAUAAUAGCAGAUCAUCUAUCAUCAGGUCGUUCGAAUUUAAUUGAAAAUUUAAAUGAAAUAGAAAAAAACAAUUAA